AGUCUGUCAGACAGCUCGCCAACUUAGCAGUGCUGUGUUUUGUUGUAUAUCUAAUGCCGAUCAUCACAGCUGAGCACAGAGGGUGACUACUUUUGCAUGUCAUUUAAAAUAAAGCUCACAAGGAGCUUUGCGGACUAGCUACAGUUACUUUUUAAAGGCUGCUCGCAGCUGCUCUGGGGGGCGGAGUGUCCGCAAAGUGCUGCGCCGAUUGGGGCGCUCGAUCAGGGGAAGAGAGAUGGCGUGCUUGCUGGAGGCCCCUCUCCGUAUCAGUGUGCUGUCUGAGGUUACUGCCACCAGUCGUCAUUAUGUCGACAGACUGUUUGACCCCGACCCACAGAAAGUGCUGCAGGGAGUCAUUGAUAUGAAGAAUGCGGUUAUAGGAAACAACAAGCAAAAGGCCAAUCUAAUCGUCCUUGGAGCUGUGCCAAGGUUAUUGUACCUGCUCCAGCAGAGCUCGUCCAGCCUGCAGCUGAGGACUGAGUGUGCUGUGGUGCUGGGCAGCUUAGCUAUGGGCACUGAGAACAACAUCAAAUCCCUGGUGGACUGUCAUAUCAUCCCUACCCUUCUUCAAGGUCUCUUGUGUUCAGAACUAGUCUUCAUUGAAGCCUGCCUUCGAUGUCUCAGAACGGUCUUCAUCAGUCCAGUCACCCCUGUGCAGCUGCUUUAUACGGAUCCUACUGUGAUUCCUCAUCUAAUGUCUCUACUGAGCAACUCACAGAGAACCCAGGAGUACAUCACACAGAUCUUCUCCCACUGUUGUAAGACUCCAGAUCAUCAGACUGUUCUUUUCAACCAUGGCGCCAUCCAGAACAUUGCCCCUCUGCUUAUCUCCCCCUCUUAUAAGGUCCGGAUGCAGGCAUUAAAGUGUUUCUCAGUCCUGGCCUAUGAGAACACUCAGGUCUCCAUGACACUGGUGAAUGUGCAUGUGGAUGGUGAGCUGCUCACUCAGGUAUUUGUUAAAAUGAUGCAAAGGGAUCAACCAAUUGAAAUGCAGCUAACAGCAGCCAAAUGUCUAACCUACAUGUGUCGAGCAGGUGCCAUCAGGACGGACGACAGCUGCAUAGUACUAAAGACCCUGCCGUGCCUCGUGCGGAUGUGCAGUAAAGAGCAUUUACUGGAGGAGAGGGUGGAGGGUGCAGAGACACUGGCCUACCUGAUGGAGCCCGAUGUGGAGCUGCAGAGAAUCGCAAGCACCACCGACCACCUCGUGGCAAUGUUGGCCGACUACUUCAAGUACCCCAGCUCAGUGUCUGCCAUCACGGACAUCAAGAGGCUGGACCACGACCUGAAACAUGCACAUGAGCUGCGACAAGCUGCUUUCAAACUCUACGCCUCACUCGGCUCCAACGACGAGGACAUCCGGAAAAAGAUCACAGAAACGGAGAACAUGAUGGACAGGAUAGUCAGCGGCCUGUCAGAAUCCAGCAUUAAAGUCCGUUUGGCAGCCGUCAGGUGUCUUCACAGUCUUUCCCGAUCGGUGCAGCAGCUGAGGACGAGCUUCCACGACCACGCCGUGUGGAAACCCCUGAUGAAGCUGCUGCAGAACGCCCCAGACGAAGUCCUGGUCAUGGCUUCCUCCACACUAUGCAACCUACUGCUGGAGUUUUCACCGAGCAAAGAGCCUAUCCUGGAGUCGGGGGUGAUCGAGUUACUAUGCAGUCUGACUCAGAGCGACAGUCCUGCUCUGAGGGUGAACGGGAUCUGGGCCCUGAUGAACAUGGCGUUCCAGGCUGACCAGAAGGUGAAGGUGGAGAUAGUUCGGUGUUUGGGUACCGAGCAGCUGUUCCGGCUGCUUUCUGACCCCGACACCAACGUGCUGAUGAAGACGCUCGGUUUGUUGCGCAACCUGCUGUCAACGCGGCCGCACAUCGACCAGAUCAUGAGCUCUCAUGGGAAGCAGAUCAUGCAGGCGGUGACCCUCAUCCUGGAGGCAGAGCACAGCAUCGAGGUCAAGGAGCAGACGCUCUGCAUCCUCGCCAACAUCGCCGAUGGCAACACAGCCAAGGAACUCAUCAUGACCAACGACGACAUGCUCCAGAAAAUCAAAUACUACAUGGGGCAUUCCAAUGUGAAGCUGCAGCUCGCUGCCACCUUCUGUGUCUCCAACCUUAUCUGGAAUGAGGAGGACGGUUCUCAGGAGCGUCAGGACAAGCUGCGGGAGAUGGGCUUUGUGGACAUCCUGCACAAACUGACCCAGUCCUCUGACCCCAACCUCGGCGACAGGGCGAAGACGGCGUUGCAGCAGUACCUGGCGUGACUACGGUGGGCCGCCAUCUUCUACUGCCAGCCCGACUAACAAUCAUCAGGAGGACGCCUGCUGUUGGUUCUUCUUGGUUUCUUGUUUGUUUCAUUACUGAGGCUUGUUUGUUGCACAAAGACAUUUUCCUUUAUUUUUUCUUAAACUUUUGUUUUGGACCUGUGGCUGAGCUCCCUCACUUCCCUCCUGACACCUAAACCCAGCCUCAACGUUUCUGCUCAGUCCUGAACUCGUCAUGAAGACUGUGAGCUUGUUGGAAAAUCAGCGGUUAGGAUAUUAUUUUUGCUUGAAGUGUUUUUCCUUUUGGACUUUGCGAUUUAGGGUUUUUUUUCUUUUUUGGAGUGCAGCCGCCUGACGCCAGCGCUGCUCUGGUGCUUCUGGACUCCUGAUGGCGAAGAUUCUGGUCUCAGAGAGUUGACUACAUGUGCAGGGCUGUCGGCCAGGGAGGAUUUCUGGUUUUGUUUUUUAAUUUCUAAUUAUGAUUAUUGUUAAUAUUAAUGUCUACUUUAGGCAUCACUAGCAAGAACAGAAAAAAAAAACUGUCUAUUUUGAAUUUUUGGGUGUUUUUUUUUUUUUUUUUUUGUGGAUACAUACCUCGUAAAUAUAUAAAUAUAUAUAAAUAUAAGCAUAAAUAUAUAUAUUUUUGGAUUUUUAUUUUCCCCUGACUCACCUGUUUGAGUUCAUUGCUCCCUCUGCACCGUCAUUCCGGUCACAGUCGGAUAAAUCCGCGGCUGUCCGAACCUGAAAGCGGUCUGCAGGGGUGAACGAAGAAAGGAAACGUAAUUAUCCUGAUCUCUGUAGUUUAAUGUUUUACCGCUGAGGUGCUCUCUGCACUGGAGCCUCGACUCUGUCCAGCAUCCUUAUAAUCCCCAUGGGAAGUAUCGCUCCAGAGCUGAACGUUUAUACUCUGACCUGCCUGGUUAUUAAUCAGCAGGCAUGAGUAAACAGAGCAGCAGAGAUGGGAGGAUGACCGUAUCCUCACUCCUCUGCAAAAUGACUUUAGUUGCCAUGUCUGCAGCUCUCCUGUCUGUGUGCAUUCAUCAGAACGGUUAAAUGAAAUGGAUCUCCGGGGUUUCUUCCUCUGAUGUGUUUUCAGUAGAUGGAACGGAUGAAAGGAAGAGUCAAAGACUGGCCCACUGAGGUUCAGGCCCAACCACAGCAGCAGAAUCAAGUGCUUCUCUGUUUUUUUAUCCCUCUGUUAUAUAAUUUCUUCUCCCUCUCAGCAUAUUUCUGGAGUGUUUUUCCUGACAUUUCAAACCUAAUGAAGCUCUGAUAGAAUGAAUGUUACCAAUGAAAAUAUAUGCAGACAUCAAGAAGGA